GCAGAUCAUAUUGAAGAGAGAGAUAAAAGAAAAGAUGAGGAAGGAGGGGUGGUGAUGGCGGCUGUGGCCGCGGUGGUCGUGGCUGCAGCAGCGGCGAGACAAUGGAGGAGGAGGAAAGAGAGGCAGUGGAAGAAAACGGAGAGGAUAUUAAGGAAGUUCGCAAGAGAAUGCGCCACACCUGUGAGUAAGCUCUGGGAGGUGGCGACGGCAUUGAUGGUGGACAUGCAGGCUUCUCUCUCUUCUGAGAAUACCACUACCAGCUCCCUCAACAUGCUUGUUUCAUACGUUUCUUCACUCCCCACCGGGGAGGAAAAAGGAUUAUUCUAUGGAUUGAAUUUACGGGGAAAUGACUUUCUAAUAAUAUGUGCAAGACUUGGAGGAAACAAUGAGCCUAUUUCUGAGAUGCGUAGAGAGGAGGUUUCUCUGUCUGAUCAUGAAAUGCUUGGUUCUUCACAGGAUUUAUUUGAUUGCAUUGCUAAGGAAUUAGCAAAAUUUAUAUCAAUGCACCCGGAUAGCAAUAAGGACACAGCAUCUAAUGAAGAUAAGAAACUAGGUUUAACUUUGUUAUAUCCGGCCAAUGGAUCUACCUCCACCUCUGGUUCCGCUAUUAAAUGGAAGAGUUUAUCGGCUGAUGAUACAAUCGGAAAACAACUGUUAGAUGACAUCAAUCAAGCACUGGAGAAACACGGUGUCCAUAUGAAAGUUUAUGGUUUGGUUGAUAACACUGUGGGAGAUUUAGCAGGAGGUAGAUAUUACGAUAAAGAUAGCAUCGCUGCAGUUACUUUAGGAAUGAGUACGAAUGCUGCUUAUAUGGAACAAGCUCAAGCAGUUCCCAGAUGGAAUGGUUCAUCGGCAAAAUCAGGCGAAAUUGCUAUCAGUACAGAAUGGGGAAGCUUCAAUUCAUGUCAUCUUCCUAUUACUGAGUUUGAUGCUAGUUUGGAUGCUGAAAGCUCGAAUCCGGGAAAUCGGAUUUUUGAAAAGCUUAUCUCAGGAACAUUUUUGGGAGAAAUUGUAAGAAGAGUCUUGUUAAAGAUGGCUGUGGAGUCAGCCUUAUUUGGUGAAAGUGUGCCUCCAAAACUCAGGAUCCCAUACAUAUUAAGGUCACCCGACAUGGCUGCCAUGCAUCAAGAUACGUCAGAGGAUCGAGAAAUACUUGAUGUAAAAUUGAGAGAAAUUUUUGGGAUUAAAAAUUCGAGCGUGAUGGUGAGAGAAGUGGUGGCGGAGGUGUGUGACAUCGUGGCGGAGAGAGGAGCACGAUUAGCUGGAGCAGGGAUCGUAGGGAUGUUGAAGAAGCUUGGAAGAAUAGAAAGCAAGAGAAGUGUGGUAAUGGUGGAAGGUGGACUUUACGAACACUACAGACUCUUCAGAAAUUAUCUCCAUAGCAGUGUCUGGGAAAUGCUUGGAAAUCAACUCUCUGACAAUGUCCUUAUUCAACAUUCUCAUGGUGGCUCUGGAGCUGGAGCAAUCUUUCUUGCUGCUUCUCAGACACAACAACAUUCCUAA